AUGGGAGCCGGACGCUUCACACUGAACAUUUCUAGGGUUAAUGGGUCGGUGGCGAUCGAUACAGGAAUCCGAUCUGAAACGGUUGGGAAUGGCGUACAGAGAUUCGUUCUGGCUCUUUGUUUCGAAUGUAAUUCCACUCCUUGUUCAUGGGUUGGAGUCGAAUGUGACUCCAAUCAUCACCACAACCACUUUGUAGUUUCUUUAAACCUCUUUGGUUUUCAAAUAUUGGGUCGAUUAGGACUUGAGAUAGCUGAAUUGACCCAAUUGAAGUCCAUUGAUUUCAACAACAAUGGUUUCACAUGCUCAAUCCCUUCUGAAUUAGGUAAUUGUAGUCUCAUUGAAUACUUGGAACUCUCCCAAAACAGCUUCACUGGUGAUAUACCAGAGAGCUUUGGGAAUUUGCUGAAUUUGAGAUUCAUAAACUUGUAUUCUAAUUUCAUGAAAGGGUCAAUCCCUGAAUCUCUAUUUCGAAUCCCACAUUUGGAUACUGUUUGGCUCGAUGUGAACGAACUUAAUGGUUCGAUCCCAUUGAAUGUUGGCAACAUGAGUGAGAUUUUAUCUCUUUGGCUAUAUGGUAAUCAAUUGUCAGGCACCAUUCCUUCCUCCAUAGGAAAUUGUACCAAAUUGGUAGAACUUUACUUGAAUGAUAAUCAAUUUGUUGGGGAUUUACCGGAGAGUUUGAAUAAUCUUGAGGAGCUAAUGUAUCUUGAUGUUAGUAAUAACAGUCUAGAGGGUACUAUUCAAUUGGGUUUGGGUAGUUUCAAGCAAAUGGACACUUUGGUCUUGUCUUUCAACUAUUUUAGCAGUGGUAUUCCACCAGGGUUGGGAAAUUGUAGUAGCUUAACUCAACUUGCCGCUGUUCGUUGUGGUUUAACCGGUCCUAUCCCACAUUCUCUCGGAUAA